AUGUCACAAAUUGCAAUAGACUACACUUAUAAAUGUGUUUUAUUAGAUAUUGAAGGAACCACUACACCAAUUUCUUUUGUUCAUGAUAAAUUGUUCCCGUUCGUAACAAAUAACCUUGAAAAUUUCUUGAACAAAAAUUGGAAAAACAACGAAUUGCAAGAACAAAUACAAUUGUUAAGAGAGCAGGCAAUUAAAGAUGUCAGUGCAGGAGAAUUUCCAGACGCUAAAGCAAUUCCAGAAGAGAUUGACAAUAACGAGGAGGAAGUCAAGAAUGCCGUAAUUCAGAAUAUUACCUGGCAGAUGAAAUUGAACAGGAAGAUUGCUGCGUUAAAAUCAUUUCAGGGAUAUAUGUGGAGGGGUGGAUAUGAGUCAGGCGAACUGAAAGGAAUAGUAUAUCAAGAUGUAAUAGAAGCGUUGAAAAGAUGGAGAGAGAUAGGAAUAAAAAUAUACAUAUAUUCAUCUGGAAGUAUUGCAGCACAAAAAUUAUUAUUUGGCUAUUCUGAUAAUGGUAAUUUGCUAGAGUACUUUUCGGGUCAUUUUGAUACCACGAUUGGCUCAAAACUUGAAAAGCAGAGUUAUGAGGAUAUAGCCAAAGAGGUUAAGUUUGAACCAACUGAGAUCUUGUUCCUGAGUGAUAAUGUUAAAGAAAUAGUUGCGGCAAAAUCAGCAAAAUUCAAAGUUGCAAUCGUUGAUAGACCAAAGAAUGCUCCUUUGUCUGACAAAGAUAGAAAUGAUUUUAUUGUAUUUACUGACUUUCUUCAAGUUCUUGCGCAUCCUGAAUUCAUUGCAUCUCAAGGUUAA